CCCAUGAAACAAAACAAAAACAAGUAGGAGCAGACGACAGGGACACGACGGACAGGCGUAAUCUCGCUCUCGCCGUGUGAAGUUUUAGUGAACAGUUUGGGCUAAAACUUGUUAGUUGUACACAAGGAAACGCAAUAUUAGCUAAUUUGAGUGGCAGCUUCCAAACGAGAUGAGGCACCCUCUUUUUAUUGCCAGGACCGUUUUGGUUAAAAACGGUGCUGUGGAAGAAGCCAUGGGUGUUUUGAAUAACAUUAUGGCACGUGAUGGCUUUUUUGAACAGUAUCGACGCACCAGGUUUUAUGAGAAACCGACUGAGAUGCGGAGAAGAGUAAACUACACUAAAUGCAAGAGCAUCUACAAUGAAGAGAUGUCACGUCGACUGGCCUUUCUUAUGCGUGUGAAUAGGCCUGACCCUUAUCCAGGGUGCUCAUGAGUAUGUUUACGUUCCUUAGUAAUAAAAAUGUUUAUUUGAUAUGAUCUUAAAAAA